GGAAUCAGAUACCAACAACAACAAAAAUAAAAGUUAGUGGACGCGUAAGUAGUAUAUAGCCAAGAAAAAAAAAAAAAACAAAAGCGAUGACAGCCAUUCCUUUUCCUUUCCGUGUGGUAAGAGAAAAGAAAAAGUAUCCAAACUUGGCGCAUACAUAUAUGUACAGUCGAUCGAAAAGCGACCAAACGCAGGUGCCAGGUCAUCGAAUCAAUCGUAGUCUUUCUCUCUCUCUCUCAUACACACGCACUUCUCGCCCUAAGUACGGUAGACUUAGACUUAUACUAUCACUAUCGGGCUAUGGUGUGUGCGUGUAUGUGUGUGGUCGUUCGGCCCACCUGCACCUUACCAAAAAGUUCCCUGUCUAGCCGCACCCCCUCCUUUCUACUCUCCCUCCCUCCUUCUCGUGUAUUCCUUCCCACCCACC